CGCCAAUUCUAUCAUCAACAAGUUUAAUACAAUCACAAAUUCGUUCUACUACAAUGGAAGUAUUACCAAAUAAAAAACAUUGUUCUUUGAAAGAAAAAUCUUUGCGUAAAGUUAAAAGUGAAUAUGAUAUAAUUACUGUUGUGGAUGAUGGUGAAAAUGAAAAUAAAAUAUUAACCCGAAAACGUUCUCGCAAAUUCGAUAACGUAAUAGGCAUAACUACUCGUCAAACACGUACAAAAACAAAACAUCAAAUUUCGAGUAAUAGCACUUUAGGUGAAGAAGAGAGCGAAGAAAAUGAACGUUAUCAACAUUGUGAACAUUGUCCACUUUUAUAUCAGUUAUCUCCAGAACAACAACGUCAAGCAUCAACACCAACAAUAUCGAAAAAAGUCAUUAAAGAGCAAAAAUGUAAUUGGUAUAAAUGUAAACGUGGUCUAAUUCCUGGUUCAUUAUUUGAACAUUUAAUGGAACAUGUACAAGAGCAAAAAAAGAAAAAAAAAGAACAAUGCCUCUGGGUGGGAUGUAAAGUAUUCAAAACACCGUCCAAAUGUGCAAAUUAUUUAGAGAAACAUAUUCAUAAGCAUACAAACGAAAAACCUUAUCGUUGCGUAUUUGAUAACUGUUUUGAAAAAUUUACUACUCAAAAUGCUGUCGAGCGACACGUUCAAACACAUUUGAAAGCAGAUGAAUCAGCAUUCAUGAAUGGUAAUUGUGAAACUGAUUCGAUAUUUAUGGCAGUUAGUGGUGACAGUGCCAGUCAUGUCACAAAAUCAGAUAAUGAUUAUAGUGAUAAUAAAAUAGCUAAUCAACAACAUCAACGAACAGUAUUAAAUAGUAAAAUGAGUAAUAGUAAUUACAGUGGUAAUCACCAGAAUAAUUUAAUAAUCAAUAAUAAACCAUCACAACAACAAACAAAAAUAAAUCGAAAAAGAAAAGCAGCCAAAGUAAAUGGUGUUCAAGUAACUUAUGUAUCAAAUCGUGAUUGUUUUACGGAUAGCGAAGCAUUUCAUUUAAAUCGUUUAUUUGAAUCUUGGCCAUAUAUUUCUGUAGAAAGCGAAGAUCCAACAAUUGUAUUAGAGCCAAAUGUUACCAUGAAACGUCAAAUUGGUGAUGUGACAGAAAACUUUAUUGAAUGGCAACCAGAGGGCGUAUGUUUGAGCGAAUGGAUACGAUCAAGAGUGGCUCAUGUUGACAAGAAAAAAAUUUCCAUUCAAGAAUUAAAUAGUGAACAAUUAAAUCGUUUACUUCCUCCCGUUUAUAAAUAUCGUCAACAACCACAUCACGAUAUCGGAGCGAAUAGCUCUGAAAUAGAAAAUUCCAGUUCAGAAGAUGAAGACGAAGAAGAUUUAGUGGAUAAUUGCUGGGACGAUGAAACAGAUGAUCAAGGUCAUUGUAGUGAAGAUAAUUUGUCAAAUGAAGACGAUGAUGAAUAUGUUUUAUUGAGAGAUUCAUCUCAAACACAAAGAGCGACAUUUGCUGGUAUCCGGGUGUUUGACAAAAUCAAUCCAAAACGAUCAAGUUCUUACUUUCAUGUCAAGAUUGGCGACAAAUGGAAAUACUUAUUCAAACAAUCAGCUUGUUGGCUGCUAACAGACAAUAAAACACAUUCAUCCAGUGAUAGACUGAAACAUGUUAUGGAAUCUGGACAACAAGAAUAA